AUGGACGACCCCGCCACCCGCAUCCCGCAGCAGCUGCUGCCUCACAUGCAUUUGGUGUCGCGCAAUCGAUACCCUAGCAUGCAUAUGAUGCCCACCGAGACUGCCGUCGAAUAUCUGACCAGCGCCCCCCGGGUUUGCCAAACGCAACCAAUGCACUGGACCUUUCUCGACGGUCCCCCAGAUGGAACAGUCAUGCUCACCUGGCAGCCAUUAAACCACCUCGGAAAUAACUUUGCUAGCGAUGGAUAUUUCUGGGCAGAUCAAGAGCAGGUUUUUACCUUUGAAGCUCGCGGAUAUUCUGUCGAGAUGUACCUCCACCGCAGUGGUUUCCACCCUCCCAAUGAGCCAGUUGCAACUCACUGCCGCAAGCGCUACCGCAUCACCUCCUGCAAGAUCCCUAAUGCCCCCCAACCCGACCCAUCGCUCUGGAUCGUCCACUACUCGCGCGCAUCUCCCCAAGACCAUGCUCCCGCAAACCGCAUUCCCAUCAGCCCCCAGAUCCAAGCGGUCAUGGGCCAGCGCCGCUUCCUGCAGAGCCAAGGACAAUUGGCCCGCAAGGACUUCUUGCUUCACGACCGAAACAGCUGGCCAGUCAUCAACUUCCCCCAAAUGGCGCCCCAAAACUUUGCCCAGCCUGGUGCUUAUCCUAAUGCCCAGCCCCGUGCACCCGGCUUCUACCCUCCUCAGGGUCACCCGGGUGCCGUCCCACCUAACGUGGCUGCAGCUAAAGGCCCACGCGGCCACCGUGCGCCGUCGUCCGCCCUCGCUUCAGCGACUGCAGACUUCGCCACUGAAGACGAGGAUGUGUCCAGCGGCGACACAAUGGAUUUGCUCACGCCCCGCGACGUUAGCAAAAUGCGCUACCAGCAACACCACGAGUGGAUGGAGGAGAUCUUCGCAUCCCCAUACAGCAUCUCACAAAUUACGCCAGUCUCCCUGGGUCUGGGCCGUAAAGGGGAGCUUGAAUCCUUGACUGCAGGAUUCUUUGACGCCCCCGUUGGAACCUCGGGCGGAGAGGGACAAGAAGCAGGCGAUGCUCCCAAUGCCACCAAGAUGGAACCUGCCAAGGCGGAAGAGUUCGCAGAGCGUGUGUCGAAAAAGGUCGCAGACAUGACCGCUGAGAUAGAAAACCUUAAGAAGCAGCAUGCACGUCGUAUGCAGCGGUUCAACCGCACUUCCUUGCUGAAAGAAUCUGAGCUGCGCCUUCGGGAAGCUGCUGCUGACCCCACCGAGAAGGGCCCGGAGAUCUGGAGACUGGAGGGUCGCGUUGUCAUCCCUACAGAGGAGGAGACUCCUCAAAUGGAUUUCAUCGAAGACAAGGCUAAGUACAGAGUGGACGAUAUUGUUCGGGAAGUGGAAGGUGCAUGGAAAAAGCAAAUCGUGGCCGAGCCCAAGGUAUCCUGCGUCGAGAAGGGUGGCUUGCUGGAGAAAAUCGAACCCGAGCAUAAACCCGAGCCUGAGUCGUUCACUAACGACAUGGUAAUGGACCAUGACGACUCUCACCUGAUUAACCAGUUCGGCAGUCCCGGUGUCGGUGGUGGUCUGCCUUCAGGCGUCUCAGUUAAUGGACAACCAAUUCCUGGCGCCGAUCUGGCAGGUGAUGUCGAAAUGGAUAUGGGUGACCAGCUCCACGGCGGUCCCAAUGGCCAGUCUAGCGACUGGGGCAUGGUGAACGCCGACAGCAAAGAUCAUGCUGUCGGUGGGGACUUUGACUUCACCAAUAUCGACAGCGCUGGAGAUGCUCUGGCAGCUUAUAGCGAGCAACAUGAUGGACUUGAUCUGCCAGACCUGGAGAACUCAGCAUUCGGUGAUGCCUUCCAUGCCUCUGACAAUGAGCACUCGCACCACCCCGACCCCGAUGAUAUCUCCUAG